CUCAAAGAAAAGAUGAAAGCUACGACCUUGGAACCCGCGGGGUCGGAUUUAGCUCGCGCACGCUAGCAUGUCAAUGCUCGUGUUUGCGGAUCGAUCUCGCAUCCCCCAGCGGCGGUGACGAAGAGGAUACAAGAAUGGGGAGCGAUGAGGUUAGGAGAGCUAUCGGAUGAGAGAGACCAACUUGCGGAACACGACCGAGAUGAUUGUGCGACAACAACUUUUACGGUGGAUUUGUACGCGUCGUCCAUGAGCGUCGACCGCAAGCGGCGUCCUCUUGGCAGCCCAAGCUUCCCGCUCCGCCGGCAGGGCUGAGACAUGCGAGGCGCCUGGAAUCAGCGCCGCCGCGACAUCCAACGACGCAGAACAUGCCACCUGCACUCACCCUCGCAUCAGCAUCCCCCGGGCAUGUCGAGCUCAUCCUCAGGUCUUUCCGUUCCUAGCCCGUCGGCUGUGCCGGGCACGACGGACGCGGUGGAGCAGCCCUACGUCGACGACAGCGCUGCCCUCAGCGAUGACGACGCCUCCCUCCUGGCCACGGAUCCCCUGGGCAUCGCGCAUGGCGACAGGCUGUCGUUCAAGCGCAAGCAGAGGCCCUCCAAUGGCUUCUCCGUCCCCGGCCUCCUCGGCGGUGCCUCCCGCCGCUCCUCCAACACCCCGCAGCGACCCUCGUCGUCGCGCGCCGGGCACCAGCGCAACCGCAGCGUCGCCUUUGACGGUUCCGAUAACGGCCUCCCCCAUCUAAACCUCAACGGACACGCGCUCGACGGCUCAGACCCCUCCGGCGUCGAUUGGAACAUCGAGGGCCCCGGCCGCCGCGUGGGUUACGAUGACCUCACGGCCAUUGACUGGAUAUUCGAGUACUCAAAGGAGCGCCAGCGCUUGCGGAAGCUGUACGCGGGCGCACAUGGCGUGGUGGGCCAGAUACGGCAGAUUGCGGACGCGAGCCAGAUAUGGCUGGUCUUGAUCGCGACGGGUCUGGCAAGCGGGCUCAUCGCGGCUUUCAUUGAUGUGGCGAGCGAUUGGCUGGGUGACCUAAAAACGGGAUAUUGUAGUAAUGAGGGAGGGGACGGAAAGUUCUACUUGAACAAGAUCUUCUGCUGCUGGGGCUUUGACGAGUUCGCACAGUGCGCCGACUGGCAUUCUUGGAGUAAUGCUUUGGGUGCCAAAUCCAAAGGAGGUAGCUAUUUUUCAGAGUACUUUGUCUUCGUCAUUCUGUCGGUAUUCUUUGCUGCAUGUGCAAGCAUUUUGGUCAAGCAUCACGCUAUUUACGCGAAACACAGCGGAAUUGCUGAGAUCAAGACGGUCUUGGGCGGUUUCGUCAUUCGGUAUUUCAUGGGCACAUGGACACUGGUGAUCAAGUCCUUGGGCCUGUGUCUCGCUGUCGCCUCCGGCCUCUGGCUGGGCAAGGAAGGUCCUUUGGUUCAUGUUGCGUGUUGUUGCGCGAACCUUUUCAUGAAGCUAUUCCCAGUCUUAAAUGAUAAUGAAGCACGAAAACGCGAGGUACUUUCUGCUGCCUCUGCGGCUGGCAUCUCAGUAGCUUUUGGGUCUCCCAUUGGAGGAGUCUUGUUCAGUCUUGAACAAUUAUCAUACUAUUUCCCUGAUAAGACCAUGUGGCAGAGCUUCGUCUGCGCCAUGAUCGGCGCGGUGUCUCUCCAUUCGUUCGAUCCCUUCCGGACGAACAAGCUCGUCAUGUAUCAAGUCACAUACCACACGGGCUGGCACGGUUUCGAGCUGAUUCCUUUUGCAUUCCUCGGCGUGCUGGGCGGUCUCUACGGUGGCCUCUUCAUCAAACUCAAUAUGAAAGUAGCACGGUGGCGCCGCGACCGGCCCUAUUUCAAGGGGCCUGUUCGGGAAGUGAUUGUGGUUGCUUUCUUAUGCGCCAUUAUCAACUUUCCGAUCAAGUUCAUGCGUGCGCAAGCAUCGGAGCUUCUCUACUUCCUGUUCGCCGAAUGUCGCGAUAUCGCGGAUGAUUCGCUUGGUCUUUGUAAGUCUGGCAGGGCCAACACAGGUGUUGUCACUCUCUUGGUGAUCUCCGCCUUUCUUGGAUUCUUCCUGGCCACAAUUACGUUUGGUCUACUGCUGCCGACGGGAAUUCUCCUCCCGUCAAUGGCUAUCGGCGCACUCUACGGCCGCGCUGUCGGCCUCUUUGUCCAAGUCAUUCAAACCUCACACCCCAAGUUGUACCCCUUUACCUCGUGUGAGCCCGAUGUUCCUUGCGUUACACCAGGGACGUACGCGAUCAUCGGCGCGGCGUCAGCACUUGGCGGGGCGACGCGCAUGACAGUCACGAUCGUGGUGAUCAUGUUCGAGCUCACGGGAGCAUUAACCUACGUCCUACCCAUUAUGAUCGCCGUUAUGAUCAGCAAGUGGGUAGGCGACGCGAUCUCGGCGCGCGGCAUCUACGAGGCCUGGAUCAACUUCAACGGGUACCCGUUCCUCGACAACCGCGAGGACAACAACUCGUCGAUCCCGGACCUGCCCGCGGCACAGGUGAUGACGCGGCUGGACGACCUCGUCGUCAUCACGGCAACGGGGCACACGAUAUCGAGCCUUAAGGCGCUGCUGGCCGCGCACUCGUUCCGCGGCUUCCCCAUCAUCGACAACCCGCGGCACGCGCUGCUGCUAGGCUACAUAUCGCGAACGGAGCUCGCGUACGCGCUGUCCAGCGCCCUUUCGCCACCCAAAAACCUCUCCCCCGACGCGGAAGCGCAUUUCUCGCACCAGCCGCUGGCGGACCAGACGGCGAGUCUGGACCUCAGGCCGUGGAUGGACCAGACGCCCAUGACGCUGAAUGCGCGCGCCAGCUUGCAGCUUACGAUCAGCAUGUUCAGCAAGCUGGGGCUGCGCUACGUUGUCUUUGUCGAGAAGGGCUGCUUGCGCGGCUUGCUGACUAAGAAGGACGUCUGGUUCGUGCUUAAUGGGGCGGAGGAGGCGGGGGGGCUGCUGGGGGAUGAGAUGGAGGUGGGUGGCUUGAGGGAGGAGGGGGCAGCCCCUGAGGAGAGGGGCUUGUUGCGUGGGGAUGCGGGGAGCGAUGAUGGCGUUGGGGGACCGGGUUGAAGGCGCCUUUGUGUACGUCUGUUUGUCUGUCUGUCUGUCUGUGGGCGCAUUUUCUUGCGGGGCUAGGAGGCUGUAGAGGGGGGUUUUGGUACGUAGGAGGCGGUAUAGACUUUUUUUAGUCAAAUAGAAUUGGUAUUCUUGUUUGAGGGGUU